AUGGUCAAGGAUACAAAACUGUACGACGUGCUCGGCGUCUCCGUGACGGCGACGGACGUGGAGAUCAAGAAGGCGUACAGGAAGAUGGCGCUCAAGUUCCAUCCGGACAAGAACCCGUCCGAGGAGGCCGCUGAGAAGUUCAAGGAGGCGUCGUCCGCGUACGAGGUGCUGUCUGACGCGGAUAAGAGGGACACUUACGACCAGUUUGGGCUGGAGGGGCUCAGCGGCGCUGGCGGGAUGGGCGGUGCCGGUGGUGGGUUCGGUUUCGGUGAUGAUAUCUUCUCUCAGUUCUUUGGUGGUGCUGGUGCCCAGAGGCCCAGGGGCCCACAGAGGGGCAGAGACAUCAAACACGAGAUCAAUGUCACUUUGGAAGAGCUGUACAGGGGGAAGACCUCGAAAUUGGCUUUGAACAAGCAGAUCCUGUGUAAGACCUGUGAGGGUCGUGGUGGGAAGAAGGGCGCCGUUAAGAAGUGUUCCAGUUGUAACGGGCAGGGGAUCAAGUUCGUCACGAGACAGAUGGGACCCAUGAUCCAGAGGUUCCAGACCGAGUGUGACGUGUGUCAUGGGGCUGGGGACAUCGUCGAUCCAAAGGAUAGGUGUAAAUCUUGUAACGGGAAGAAAGUCGCCUCCGAGAGGAAGAUCUUGGAGGUGCACGUCGACCCAGGUAUGAAGAACGGCCAGAAAGUCGUGUUCAAGGGGGAGGCAGACCAGGCGCCAGAUGUGAUCCCGGGGGACGUCGUGUUCGUCAUCAACGAAAAACCACAUAAACACUUCCAAAGAUCCGGCGACAACUUGGUCUACGAGGCAGAGGUCGACCUGCUCACAGCGAUCGCUGGUGGUGAAUUCGCCAUCGAGCACGUCUCUGGGGACUGGCUCAAAGUCGCUAUCGUCCCAGGCGAAGUCAUCGCUCCGGGGGCCCGCAAAGUCAUCGAUGGCAAGGGGAUGCCCGUCGCGAAAUACGGCGGCUACGGUAACUUGAUCAUCAAAUUCACAGUGAAGUUCCCAGAACCUCACUUCACUACAGAGGAAAACCUCAAGAAACUGGAAGAAAUCUUGCCACAGAGAACUCCGUUGCCACAGAUGCCAAAGAAUGCACACGUAGAAGACUGUGUCCUUGCAGAGUUCGACCCAAGCAAGUACGACGGCCGCAACGGGAGAGGCCAGAGUUACGCCUCAGACGAGGAGGACGAGGGUCAAGGCGGGGAAGGUGUCCAGUGUGCAUCCCAGUAA